AUGAUGAGCAAUUUUGCCAUUCUAGUGUCAACACCUGCAUUUUUCAAACCUAAGUCUUGUGGGCUAUGCCUGUCACCGACUCAAGCAAGGGCCCUUGAACGAGAUACAAGACAACAAGCAAAAAGUCCAAGAUGGCACAAAGAACUUGCGCUUCGACUAACGGCGUCGAACUUUGGAGUGGCAGCCACACGUGAGGUCUGGUCGCAGAAAGGGCUGCACAACCUAACCAGCACAAGAGACCUCUCGAGGGUUCCUGCGAUACGGCAUGGCAUCACGCAAGAACCCAUCGCUGUCCAGCGGUACAUGGAUGUGCUGCAGAGCUUGGGGCACAGUGCGAUUGAUGGAUCGUGCGGCAUUUUUGUCGAUUCUUCGACACCCUGGUUGGGUGCGUCACCGGAUAGAAUUGUAUUCGACCCAACUGAGGUCCCUCCCCAUGGAGUCCUUGAAGUAAAGUGUCCGAAGACCCUUUAUGACAAGUCUGUAGAAGAACUCAAAACUUUAAAGUUCUGUUCUGAGAUUAAGGGGGAUUGCCCUGAACUCAGGCGUACAUAUGACUACAACGACCAAGUGCUUGGGCAGAUGGCUAUUGCAGGGCUGCAAUGGGGCGACUUUGUUGUCUUUGGUGACCAGUUCAUUCUUGUAGAAAGAAUUCGCUUUUGCCCUGACGACUGGAGUGCAGUGAGCAUGGAGCUCCAAGAUUUUUAUUUUGAUCAACUGCUCCCACACCUUGAAUUGUUACGUUAGCGAGGACAUUUUGUGUUCUUUUGUUGUCAAUUCUUAUUUUGCUUCUGUUCAAUUUUUGAUUUCUCCUGUCUAGGGUUACU